CGUCAUCACAAACCGGCCAAUCAGAUCGCCCGAUGUACCGCGGAUAUUUGAAAACAGAAAUGGCUGAAGUCCGAGCUGUUCUGCAGCGCUGUGAUCCCGCUCUGCUGGAUCCAUGUGGAGACUCUGAGCAGCCAGACUGUGCUGAAGCGGCCAAGGUGUUCCUCUACCUCACGGACAGCCGGCGUUUGCAGAAGGUUCUGUUGCGUCAGCUGUUUGUUCUGGACUCCAUGAUGUCUCUACUGGAGGAUCUGGAGUCUGCCCAGCAACUGCUGACGCUGCCCUGCCCCCCCCAGCCCGAGGGCGGGGCUCGUGGCAGGUGGAAGGCUCUGAAGAUGGAGUGCAGGGUGGAGGUGGAGGAGACGGAGGCUCUGCUCAGAUCUCUGCAGGACCGAAUCCAACAAAUACACAACAGACGACACACACUCACACAGCUGAUCCAACAGAUACACAACAAGAGACAGCAGAGUGAACAGCUGGAUGAGUCUCUCCAGAAGGCCCAGAAUGCACUGCAGGUGUGUGACCGUCAGCUGACCCAGCUGAGGGCGGAGUCUGAGGCGGCGCUCGGUCACCUGGUCAGCUGGCAGCGUCUCAGAGACAAGCUGCAGGUGUUCAUCUCCGCUGCGCAGGACGUCGUGCAGAUCAACCUGCUGUCCUUCAACCAAUCAGAGCUGUGUGUGGAGCUGAGGACCCGCCCCUCCUCUGAUCAUAACGUGUCGUCCAAUGAGCUUGUACCGCUGAAGCUGUCCGUCACCUGGAGCCACGACGACCGCUUCAGACUGCAGGUGUUCGAGGGGACGGCAGGUGUGGUGGACGACUGCGUAUCGGGCCGUCGCUCUGAGCUGAGCGCCGCCCUGCUGGACGUGAUGCAGGGAUACGUGGGCCAGGCGGACCUGCUGUGUGAGAUCCAGGCGCUGAGAUCCAGUUUCCCCAUCGACUGGCGUCCUGCUCAGCGUCUGCUGGUCUACUUGAAGACGGCGUCGCUGGUGUGUCACCUGGAGGUGGAGGAGGGUUACCCACACAGCGGGCGAGCUCGCCUGCAGUCGGUCCGCAGAAACGGACAACCUGUGGACACGUCUGGACUGAUGCCUCCUAAAACUGACCUCCGUCUGACUGACUGGUUGAUUUUCCUCUGCAGCAGUUCGCUCAUCUGACUGUUUUCAUCUCACUUUACUUCCUGUUUAUCCCACUAGAUGUCAGUGUCUCACCUGUUUAUUCCCCCAUGUUCACCUUCAUGUAACCAGCAGAUAUUAUACAGUAACACAUGUGUGGCCUCAGCUGUUAAAAUAAUGUUUUAUUUCAUCUUCCUGUUUUUGAUAUUAAACGUGUGUCAGUCUGUUAAUGUUGUAAAUUAAACAUAAAUGAAAACAGU